AUGGCCAACUCCCCACUCAAUCUCCAGGCUGUCUACACUGCCCCAGACACCACCAAAGUCUUCACGCACGAGAUCCCCGCCGCGUCGAGCACAGACUCUUUCGCUGCUAAACAGUCUCACCUGGCAACCCUGCAAUCUCUCAUCCCCAAGCUACAAGAGGGGAUCAAUGUCUUCCUGACCGAGCGCAUGGAAGAAGACAAGAAGGCCCAGGGUGCAAUCUCAGAGAAGGAGGCCAGAGAAGAGGAAAACUACGGCGAGGAAGUGGUCGAGGAGGAUGCUUGA